GGAUUCAUUUCAAUAUGACUAUACUAUAACACAAUUUAUGAUCAACAAUUUUAAGUUGAUCAAUCAAAGAGCACACGUUCGGAAGUAGAGGCAUCCUCACCCUUUUGUGGGACGUUGUGAUUCCAGAAGGCGCGAACCUGCAGCCAAAAGUCUCUGGGAGCCUCAUAUAUUGUUCUCUACCGCUAUUGGCUGGUCCGCAAUGCAAGGAAAGAAUUUUUUCGCGAUAAGCGGAACAGUUGCGGUAUUUCUGUUUGCGAUGUCCAGCGCAACCGGUACAGGAGACGACCUUGCGACCUAUCAAGAAGAGCUUGUUUCCCAGACGGCAUCCUUGCGUCCAGGCUGGCAUUCUUAUGCAGGAUACAACGGGCCAUGGUUGGAAAACGCGUUUUUCCAGGAGUGGUCAAAGUUGAAACCACGUCUUACACGCGUCUAUAUCCCUGUGGCAUGGACUGAUUGCAUGCAUACAAAUAGGCUAAAAGCAGCAAUGCAAGAGGUUUUGACCGAUUUGAAGCCACAAUUCAAGUAUUUCACUGUCUUACAAGCAGACCUUGGCUUCAAUCACGACCAGCUAUCGCUCACUGUGCCGUCCAACAUCGACUUCAUACUGUUUUCAUCGGGAGGUGACAGCCCACCUUUGAAGACGGUGCCUGUUCCUCUCCUCAAGGAGGAGUUGAAACCUGCUGGGUUUGGCAAAACCAUAUCGGUAAGCUUUCAAGCUUCGGUUCACACUCAUCCUAUCAGGCAGGCAAUACAUGACCAGUUUAAUGAUGUGUAUCUCUUCUUGGGCGGAGAAUGCAAUAAUUGGAAACUGAUCUCCGAGAGUAGCAAUAUUUCGUUUUGCCCCCGUGGGUUUGGUACCACCUCUUUUCGAAUGUUUGAGACUCUGCAGCUAGGCACCAUUCCCUUAUAUGUCUGGCAACACGAGAAGUGGUUGCCUUUCCAAGAGAUAAUCGAUUGGAACGAAUUUGCUGUUGUUGUUGAGGCCGAAGACAUUCCAACCAUUCCUGCAAGACUUGCUCAAGCUGAUAUCCCGAGCAUGAUGGCGGCCUUGAAAAGGUACCAUCACAUGUUUACGUACAAUUACACGAUUCAUUAUAUUAUGGAACACUUCCUUGAAGGUACCCCUGCCAUUGAGAAGCAACAUGGUGGCAUCUCAAGGCACUCGUUGCAUGGUAAUGUGUAAAGCUGGUCAGAUGAGAUCUGAGUCUCUAUUACAAAGCCGGGAAAUCAAUGCGUUUGGUUCAAGUGGAAAUUGCCAAGUCAUUCUGAUAUGACAAAAUCCUGUCAAUGCAAAUUGCAUUCCUCAGGAGCGUCUACUAGUAGUAGUAGCAGUGGCAUUGAUCAACUAGAGCGCUCUAUAUAUGGAAUCCAAUCAACUUUCUGAUAACCAUCAGUCAUUUCCAUCGUAUACACAAGGUCACCUUGUUGACAUGGUUACUAACCAUAGUUUUCGCACAAACAUAGCUGUAAGGUUGCAACUAGUGGUUGCUAACUAGUGUAGUACACUUGUAGUGGGCGGAAAUCGAGAUCUACUAAGUAGGUGGGAGGUAAUUUAGUAGAUACAAGGGUGGCAGAUAAAGGAGGAUGGUUGCACGUGACGUGUGACGUGACUGGGUUGGGUUACUGGAUAUGGGCAGCGGAAGUGGAGGCAGAUCCGUGACUUGCAGAUGUAUUUUUGAUGACAUUAUGGUGGCAUUUGCCAAUGAAACAUUGAUUAUAAUGGAU